GUCAAUAAUGGUGUGGAUGCAAGCGCUGUCUGGCUAUGGCGAAUGGAUGGGAAAAUAUAUUAUUUUAAUGCUUUAGCUCAGCUCCUUGAUUAUAUGUCGGUGCUGAUAAAAUUCCAUCCCGAAUCCUACGAUAUUGGCAAACGUAGGAUGCAGAAAAUCCUUCUUGAUAGCGGCUGUGAAUUGAAUGAUACUGCAAUCCAUGUUUCCGGCUCAAUCUUUCCCCUGCUAAGCAAGGAUGCAGAUAUCGCUUUCGGUGAGCAAGCUAAUUUACCCUGGGAACGUUAAUAGAGCUCAAUUAAAUCUUCCUCACAGAUUGCGGGUACGAUGAGCUUUCUCUGUCAAUUAUUCGUCGCUCGGACUCAGACAUGCGUCGCAUAUUGCGGAGAUCUGCCUGCGUAAAUGGACGACCCAACGUCAAUUAUCCGCCCAUAGCAUUUGCUCUAGGAUGGCACGUAGGCACGGUGGCUCUCCUAGAUGCCGGCGCAGAUCCACUUCCAAUCAUCCCACAAGUGAUUAAGCGUAAGGAUGAUGACUCGCUUCAACUCAUUUUCACUUACAAUUUCCUUGAUCGGUUUGAAGGAUCCCGGGAAGCUCUCUUAUUUUCAAUUUUAUGGUUUGCACUUGAGUACAGGGCUACAGACAAAGCCGUUGAUUUGAUUGCCGAUAAGAUUCUAAGUGGCGCCCAAAUUUGUCAAAAGGUUUCCAGAUCGCCUGUAAACCUCCCCCUUCUUCCCAAAGAUCAUCGAUUACAAUAUUAUUACAAUUCGGCUUGUCAGAAGGGCAAUACUGUAUAUCACGACCGGUCCGUGAAUAAGAUUGCUGCCGAAAAGCUAUUUAAUGUGGGCCUCAACGUUAUUGACGGCGUCAACGAAGUGGGAGACACCCCGCUUUCUAUGUGGUGUAGGAUGGCUUUUAUUAUUGACCAAAUCCCUCCCAGGGAAGAAGAACUUAUGCUGUUCUACAUAAAUAAGGGAGCCUCUCUAGUGUUCGAAAGCAAGAUUGCACCCAGAUCGCUGCUGCAUGCAAUGGCUGUUUCAUUAGUUCUUCGGAACUUCAAGCUCGGAUCGGACUUUGUGCGCAUUGCAGAAGAGAUAGCAAAGCAUUAUCCCCAAGGCCACUGCGCAAUAUUGACAGACGGGUGCGUCUGCUAUUGCUCGACUGGCGGUUGCAUUCCGACAACGCUAUUGCUCAAGUCCUUUUGCAUUGAAGUUUGGCAACAGGAUUUCGAGUCUAGUCACAACGAAAACGUAACUGCAAUUUUGGAUUGGACGAGACUCUUUGGAUUAACCCAAUCUCAGAAAGAGGUAUGCUUUGAGGAGUACAGCAGGCUGGAUGUGUUCGAGCGCCUGGGAAUGGCGCACACCUGCUGCACAUACAGGCACCCGGGGCUUAAGGAGAAGGGUUUAUCAUGUGAUGAGCAGGUCGAACUUCGAGAAGAGGAUAACCCGCUGAAUGAGGUAUUAACGAUCUACAUGCAAACAUAUAGGCGCGCUCGAAAUGAUUACCAUGGAACGUCCGAGGCCUUUUGGGAGGCUUGGACUGAGGUGGUAAAUGAAUAUCUACCGCCUAUCAAAACACGACACGGACGAAAAUUCAAUAUAUACUCCCGUGCAAUAGACGAGCUAGAAUCAUCUAUUCCCGUCUCAGGGGUUUCUGAGGCUUCAAACCAACAAGGAACAUUUAUAGAAGACGCGGAGAAAGUCUACGACAGACUCAAAUCCAUUCUGCAUCUCGAUGAUGAGGCGGGAGCUAUGUAUAACAUGGGUCAAGCUGUUGAUCACGUUUUAUGACCUCGCUUUGUCUUCUCGAACGUUAGUUGCAAGCAUUUAUUCAACUCAGUAUGCAGUACUCUGCAUGUCGAACAACUAGAACCGGGCUAUGCGAGCCUUGACAAUUGAAAUCUCCGAGGCUGUGCUCUCUUUCCCAUUACUGUUGUUGAUUAUUGUAAAUUAAUAGUUAUAAUCCACAAUUGAAUGCUAGACCUUCUUAAA